CGCCGCCGCCGCCGUGCGCUCGCGGGCCCGGGCGGAGCUGCGCAGUCCUCUCGCAGCUGCGCCAGGACAGCCGGCGCGCCGCCGUGCCCACAAGUUGCCGGCAGCGGAGCGCGGCGCCGCCUCCUCUGCUCGCGGCCCCCCUGCGCCCACCCCGCGGCGGCGGCCGGCUCCGGGACGAACGCCCCCGCGGACGCCGACCCCAGAUGUAAAGCGGGACCGCAGCCCCUCGCCCCCCGCCCCCCGCCCCCCACCCCCUGCCCCCGGCGCGAUCGAGAGUCUCGCCGGCGUCUCCUCGGCCAAACCCCGGGCUGGAAGAUGUGGCAGCCGGCCACCGAGCGCCUGCAGCACUUUCAGACCAUGCUGAAGUCUAAAUUGAAUGUCCUGACACUGAAGAAGGACCCCCUCCCAGCAGUCAUCUUCCACGAGCCUGAGGCCAUUGAGCUGUGCACCACUACACCCCUGAUGAAGACCAGGACUCACAGUGGCUGCAAGGUUACCUACCUGGGUAAAGUCCCCACCACAGGCAUGCAGUUCCUGUCAGGCUGCACAGAAAAGCCAGUCAUCGAGCUCUGGAAGAAACACACGCUAGCCCGAGAAGAUGUCUUUCCCGCCAACGCCCUCCUGGAAAUCCGACCAUUCCAAGUGUGGCUCCAUCACCUCGACCACAAAGGUGAAGCCACGGUCCACAUGGAUACCUUCCAGGUGGCGCGCAUUGCCUACUGCACCGCCGACCACAACGUGAGCCCCAACAUCUUCGCCUGGGUUUACAGGGAGAUCAAUGACGACCUGUCCUACCAAAUGGACUGCCAUGCUGUCGAGUGUGAGAGCAAGCUCGAGGCCAAGAAGCUGGCCCAUGCCAUGAUGGAGGCCUUCAAGAAGACUUUCCACAGUAUGAAGAGCGACGGUCGGAUCCAUAGGAACAGCUCAUCGGAAGAAGUUUCCCAGGAAUUGGAAUCUGACGACGGCUGAAUGGACUUAGCAUGCUUCGGCAAGGCAGCACUGGUCGAGGAAUUCAAGAUGAUAGAUGAAUAAGCAACGAUUCAAAUUUGGGAAGUAAAGACUGCCACGCUAUUGGCUGACCAAGCUUUUUUAAAUUCAGAAGAGCAAUUCUAAAUCUAAAGAAAUGUAUUAUUAAAGUAAUUACGUUACAUUGAAAUCUGCUGCUGCUGUGACUGUGGGGAGGGUGGGCGUGCAGACGGGGAGGAAAGUUCUAGACUCUCUUCCUCCCCCCACCCCUCAUUUCCCAAUGCCUCCCUGUAGGAGCUCUCCAUGCCGGUUGUCACCACUCUCAGGCAAAUACACUGCGGCUGUUAUUUGACGAGCCAUUCCAGUUUGCCUUACGGACCCCAGCCAGAAUGUUCGGUGCCCCUGGAGGAUCCCUAGUCGUGGGGGGUGGGGGUGGGGGGUACAGAUGCAGGCACAGAGGCCGCAGAGCCAAGGGAACACUCCAGGCUCAUCCUGAGAGCCCCUCUCCCUGGCAUGGUUCAGAUUCUCUCCUCAGUAAGCGAAUCAGCACAGCCUUUAUUUAGCUUUACAACUAACAACCUGGUAGCUGGUAGUUGAUUCAGUUAAAGAUAAUGCUUUUAUUUACAUAAAUAUAUCAAGUAGUACCCUCUUAUUGUAUUCGCUUCAUCUAUUUUCUUGGAAUACUCACAACUGCUAAUAGCUGCCUUCCUUAUCCCUCCUCAUCCACCCUCUUUCCCCUUCCAACCCAGCCUACGUCCCUAAGGGAUGGAUUCUCAGCAUACACUGCAGGACACAAAAAGGGAAGAAAAUAACCAAGCAUCUGAAAUAACCAGUCGAGCAAAGUGGGAGUUUAAAAACAACCACCACGACCACAGAAACUUUGGAAAAAGGGAACGAGUUAUCAGCAAGUGAGCAAAAACUCCACGCGGGCUGUCCUUUUUUCAGGUCUGAUUUACAGUAACUUGUUUAUUUAAUGGUCCUGCCUGAGGAAUCCUUCCUGGCAAGCUUCAGAUCUGAUCGGGCAUCGCCAAGGAAGCCUUGCCGCCUUCACUCAAUGUUGUACUCGAAUAGAGAAUGUGUUGUGUACAACUGGCUUGUCUAGACAAACUGUGUCCGUCUUCAUCUAAAAGGAAAUCUGACCUUGUCAUCUUCAAAUUGGUGAGACCUUAGAGUCAGAGUUUCCAGUCUGUUCACUGUUUCUAAUGAGAGAUUCUCCCCGAGAGAGCCUGAGGUUUCUCAGUUCCAGGGCUCUUUAAAUAUCAUAAACACAAAGUCAACACUGAAUGAAAUGGAAAAGCGUUGGUUAAAAUGCAUACAUUUAAAGCCGGGAGCAGAUGGCUAGUGUUCCAGGUAAUGCUGCUCCUUGAUUAAAGUCUGUUUUUCAUCCUGGUAAUUAAUGUUAGGGGACACUGGGGGACCUUACAGAAGCCUUAAAUGAGAGCUCAUUGAAUCCAGAGAGUAAUGGGGUCGGUGUUUUGGUCUGUGUAUCUGCGUGUCCGUGUACGCGUUUGUGUGUGUGUACGUGUGCCCCGGUGUGCGGGUUCAGUUUUAAGGCAUGUAGAAUAAGCAUGGAGUCGUAUUGAGAAGAACUUGCCUCUUGGAGAUAUUGCUUGCUGCUCUACAGCACAUGUAAACUAUUCUUUAGCGUAAAUGCGUUCAUUCUUUAAUAAAAAAUAUGUUUGCAUUAAUAAAGCUGAGGACUUUCA